AUGGACGCAAAACGAAUGGAGGGUGGAUUGAAGCCAAUGGAUGCUGAGCAGCUCAGAGAGAAUGCUCACAAGAUGGUGGAUUUCAUUGCUGACUACUACAAAACCAUUGAGGAUUUCCCUGUUCUUAGCCAAGUUCAGCCUGGAUAUCUCCGAGAGCUUCUACCUGAUUCUGCGCCUACUCAACCUGAAUCUUUGCAACAUAUAUUUGAUGAUAUUCAGGCUAAGAUACUACCAGGGGUGACCCAUUGGCAGAGUCCAAAUUUCUUUGCUUAUUAUCCUUCCAAUAGCAGCAUUGCUGGAUUUUUGGGAGAGAUGCUCAGUGCUGGUCUUAACAUUGUGGGUUUUAGUUGGGUAACUUCUCCUGCAGCGACAGAACUUGAAAUGAUCGUUCUUGAUUGGCUUGCUAAAUUGAUCAAACUUCCCGACGAGUUUCUUUCAGCAGGACAAGGUGGUGGUGUGAUACAAGGCACUGCAAGUGAAGCUAUUCUAGUUGUAAUGCUGGCUGCUCGUGAUAAGAUUCUUAGAAGGGUAGGGAAAAAUGCCCUUGAGAAGCUUGUUGUUUAUGCAUCUGAUCAAACACAUUCAGCUUUGCAGAAAGCCUGCCAGAUAGCAGGAAUCCAUCCUGAGAAUUGCAGGAUUCUGAGUACCAACUCAACUACUAAUUAUGCUCUUUCCCCCAGCGUACUUAAUGAAGCAAUCUCAAAUGACAUCACCAGUGGUUUAAUUCCUUUUUUCUUAUGUGGAACAGUUGGUACUACUUCCUCAACAGCAGUUGAUCCUUUGGGAGAACUGGGAAAGAUUGCUAAGAACAACGAAAUGUGGUUCCAUGUCGAUGCUGCAUAUGCUGGUAGUGCCUGUAUAUGUCCAGAAUACCGCCACUACAUUGAUGGUGUCGAGAAAGCAGACUCAUUUAACAUGAAUGCACAUAAAUGGUUUCUCACGAACUUUGAUUGUUCGGUGCUCUGGAUCAAGGAUAGAAAUGCUCUGGUCCAAUCCCUGUCCACAAAUCCUGAGUUCCUGAAAAACAAGGCAUCUCAAGCAAACAUGGUUGUGGAUUACAAAGAUUGGCAAGUUCCACUUGGACGACGGUUUAGAUCAUUGAAGCUAUGGAUGGUGUUACGACUUUAUGGUUUAGAGAACCUACAGUCCUACAUAAGAACCCAUAUUAAUUUGGCCAAACACUUCGAAGAGCUUGUUGCUCAAGACCCUAGGUUUGAGAUUGUUACUCCACGACUUUAUUCGUUAGUUUGUUUCCGCCUUCUGCCUCCUCAUGGCAAUGAGGCCUGUGCAAGCAAAUUGAACCAUGACCUAUUAGAUGCUGUAAAUUCAACAGGGAAGAUAUACAUUUCUCACACGGUCCUGUCUGGUGCAUACAUAUUACGUUUUGCAGUAGGAGCUCCAUUGACUGAGGAGAAGCAUGUGACUGCAGCAUGGAAGGUUUUGCAAGAUGAGGCCUCUGCACUGCUAGCAACCUGUUUAGAAUGACCUUUCUUAAUUCCCAACAGCUUUUUAUGCCUAUUCUUCUGUUGCAUUACAAUGCCAAUUUAAACCCAUAACAUUAUUUUUUUUUCGGACAAAUAAGCAUAGCAAAUUACAAGCCCAAAUACAAAAUUCAGGAAGUAAAAUACAAGCUCAUAACAACAACAAAGGAAAAUCAAAACGGCCCAUCUCAAAAACAAACCCUACAAAAACCUAGGCAUUGAUGAAACUUUCAAUGGCGUCAUCGCCACAAACUGCCACACGCCUGCACGGAAAAUUGCUUUGAUGACCAAAACCGCUCCUAGUCUGAAAUAGCCAUUCCACAAAACCCAAAAAUCAAAAACCAACCAACCCAAGUAGAAUUGAGAUAGCACUUGCAAACACAAGCCUCAAAUCUACCAUGGAACUCACUGCUAAAGCUAUCAGAAGAGACGCUGUUGGAGCCGUCGCAAAGACCCAAGGAAAGUAAAAAAGACAGAAGUGUCGGUGCAUGCACCGGAGACGCUGCUUGAUCUCUGUACACCUCUAUUUCACAACUUACAUAUCGUAAUGCAUUGAAUAACAAUAGAGAGAUUCAAACUUGAGGAGCCCGAGGCCGUAGAUCUGAAGAGAAAGGCGAGGAAUUUCGAUGAUUCCUGCAAUGAUUGAUUUUGAAGGUUGUAGAGAGAUAGCAUGAGGCCAAAUCUGGAGAAAGGGAGAAGAAAACAUGAAAUUGGGAAGAAAAAGAACAGACUCAGCUGCCGGAGAACCAGAUGGGGCUGUCCGGACAAAACCGUCAGAGGGAUAGACAACGCCAUCCAACAGACGAACGGAGCACACCGACGACUCUCAACAGAGGCUCCUAGCAAGAGAAAGUCUAAAGAGAAGACAGAGCUUCUCUCUCUACUUUCCCUAUUCUGUUUGAUUUGUAACCCAUAACAUUUUCUAUUGAAAGAAUCUUUAUUUUCCAACAAAGGUACACUCAGCUAGCUAGUCAUAUCUGCAUAACCCAAUGGCCUCAAAGGCUUUAGCUAAUUUGUUUCUACUCCAACUUCAACAGAUUUGACGCAUGGAAGAUAAACAUCCUAUAACAUCUUCCUUUCAAA